AUGCCACCGUCCUGGCGAGAUGGCCUCGUCAACGCGUUUCCGAUCCCGCAGGAUCGUUUGAAAACGAAGAACAAAAAGCUCUUACAGCAGGGAGUGCAUCUUGAGAAUGUAUCAAAUACUUCUGAGGAAGGCGACGAAGCAUUGCCGCCGGGAAAGCCAUUCCCAUUCCUCGAAUUACCUGCCGAGAUCCGCAACAGGAUAUAUCGCUUGGUCCUGUUCAGCAAGCCAGGAUACCGGGGAGCUGACGGCAGGAAAAAGAGCCGGACAUCCAUUCUUGCCGUGAGCAAGAAGGUGCACCAAGAGGCAUCAUACAUUCUAUAUAGCUCAUUGAGCUUCAGAAUCUUCCCUCUCCAGGAUUUCACCCCGGUGCCCACCAUCCAGGAGUUGCGACCAAUGUACCGUGCCAUGGUCACCCAGCUGGAACUGGUGGUAGGGUCUAGUUGGACCGGUCCGCCCAAAAGCUGGCGCGUGAACAAAGUGCUAGCGAGACAUCUGGGAAGGCUCUCAGCGGUCCAGAUACUGAAAGUGUUUGUCCAACUUGACCCAAGUGUUCCCAUGUACGAAAAAUACCGGAUCUCGUUCGACUUCUAUACGGACUUCUGUGGAAAUCUGCUCCACGAUGUACUGGUCGCUAUGCCCCAUGUCACCGCUCUGGUGAUAGAUGGCAAUCCCGGCAUUGACACCACGGGGCCUCUUGUUUCCCGCCUGCUGGCUGAGGCCAAGAGUGAAGGGAAAGUGUGUACCUUAGGACCAAACAAGACGCUUUCCACCCCGACAGGACUGAAGAAGCCCAUCUUCUGGAUAUGA